AAACAAUUUAUUCAAAAAUCUAAAUUUGUAAACGUAUAUAGUACCAUAACCUGUCUCCGCGAAAUGGCGGCCUUCGUGGCGACGCUAUUUACAGAAAACGCAUUUCUUCAAUUCAUUUCUCUCUCUCUCUCUCUCUCUCUCUCUCUCUCUCUCAAAUUUUCCAUUUCUUUCCGCUCAAUUUCUGCUCGCACCUUAUCCUGUCGCAGUAGCCGUGAACUCGAAAUCAGAAUUCCGCCUUUUGUUUUUCAGCUACAAGAGGCUCGCAGAUAAGAAGAAAGACUCUUUUUUUUUUUUUGCGAAAUUCUACUGAUUUGAGUAGAAAUGAUGUGGGAUGAGUGGUACGAUUUCGAGCACAAAGAAGAACCUGAAGAUAAUUCUCACUUCAAUUUCGAUUUCUUCUCCGUUUUAUCAAAACCUAAGGACUAUUACAAGAUUUUGGAAGUUGAUUAUGAUGCUUCGGACGAAGCUAUUCGAUCCAACUACAUCCGUCUUGCUUUGAGAUGGCAUCCUGAUAAACAGAAGAGUGAGGAGACUGCCACUUCCAAAUUUCAGGAAAUCAGUGAAGCUUAUCAGGUUCUGAGUGAUCCUGUAAAACGACACGAAUAUGACAAGAAGGGCAUGCUGUAUGCAUAUGACAGCAACAUUGCGGUGACCUCUCAGCCUCCAUUCGUUAUAAAUCAUCUAGAAUUUUAUGAUGCUCGUAAGGACCAUCCACAGCUCAUUCUUUUCUAUUUUCGGGGAAAUGCAGGAUUAUCUUAAUCGCUACAAGAGCCUCAUUCUCACGUGCAACGGCCUUGGUAUGAAAUGCUCGAUAUGGUGAUUUUACAUCUUGCUAGCUAGUCCGUAGUGGAUAGAUUUUGCGUCUGCAGCAGGCUUUUUUCCAGAACUGCAAGGACGAAGCCGGAUCAGAAUGCAGUUUUACACAAUUUUCACAACUGAUGCCGUGUAUGUAGGCGUAGAAACUUCAAAGAGGCAUAUCAUGUGACAUGUUUUUGCUGUAUAUCCCUAUAACUGCCUCUAGAUAAAAUGAACAACAAUUGUUACGAUCUUCGAUUCGUGUUAUAAGGUUUCGAGUUCCUUUCAAGGAGUCAACGACACUUGAUCGU